AUGGCUCCUAGCGCCGACAACAUCUUGGCCUAUACACACUUGGGUGAAGAUGCUGCUUGUUGGAUGACAGAGGUACGGCACGAAGACUACAUCAGACAUGAAACCGACCCGUCUCCCUGGAUGGGGAUGCCGGGGUUCCGGCUGGAGACUGUGUUUUUUGAUGCCAUGCAUAUCGUGUGGCUGGGCACGGCUCGUGUGUUGCUGGCCUCUUGCCUUGGUGUUUGGCAUCGAAUGGGCAUUCUGGGGCAUGACAGUUUCGACCGCAACCUGAAAACUUUUUCUGUUGAGAUGAAGGAUACGUGCCGUGAACACAAGUAUUUCGGUCCAGAAUCGAUGCUGAAGAUGAUCACGGUCUGCCUGUGGACCCUGUACGAUGCCGUCAAGCUGUUGGAUUCCUGUGGCCUUAUUCUCUCGGAGAGCGAAGCUGAGGAAGCCCAUGGAAAGUUUUGCAAGCACCUGAAAUUAUGGCAGCUUCUGGCAGCUGAAUGUUUAUCACGAAACUGGAAGUGCUUCCGCUGCAAGCCUAAACUGCACUACCUGCUUCACCUCUCGCGGCACAUGCGCCGUACGAAGCUGAACUUGAUGAUCAUUGGAGCAGUGUGGGCUGAGGAGUCGUUUCUGGGUAAACUGAAGAGAGUUGGCAUUAGAUGCCAUGCAGCGAAUCUUAUGUCCCGGCUCUACGCAAGAGUUCUGCUAUUGCUGAGCCUCCGUUUCCGACGGUCACGAGAAUGA